AUGGUCGAGAGCAAGGCGGUGGUUACACCUAUUGGACCACAGUUUAAGCUCAAGAGUUUGACGAAGGAAGAAGAGUACGAGGAAACGAGGUUCAUGAACGUGAUACCAUACGCAUCAGCCGUUGGGAGUUUAAUGUAUGCGAUGGUGGGUUCUAGACCUGACUUAUGCUUCGCAGUGGGCUUGAUCAGCCGCUACAUGAGCAAGCCAGGAAGACAACAUUGGGAAGCUGUUAAGUGGGUGAUGAGAUACCUUAAAGGAGCUCUAGGUUCAGACCUAAUGUUUACUAAAGGAGAAGACUUUAAGGUACGGGGAUUCUGUGACGCAGACUACGCUACUGAUUUGGAUAGGAGAAGAUCCGUUACCGGAUAUAAAUUUCAAGUCGGAGGCAACACAAUAAGCUGGAGAUCUGGUCUCCAACAUAUCGUAGCUCUAUCAACGACAGAAUCAGAGUAUAUGGCUUUAGCCGAAGCUUUCAAAGAGGCAUUAUGGCUUAAGGGUUUUGUUAGUGAAUUGGGGUUCAAGCAAGAUGAUGUGAGAGUGUUUUCAGAUUCUCAAAGUGCUAUACACCUAGCUAAGAAUGGCGGGUUCCAUGAAAGGACUAAGCAUAUAGACACUAGACUACACUUUAUGAGAGACAUAAUUGAGGCUGGCGACGUUACGGUUCACAAGAUUCACACAUCUAUCAACCCGGCGGAUUUCCUAACUAAGCGUGUACCUGGACAGAAGUUCGAGUCAUGCUUGGAGAUCGUCAAGGUUCUACCUUAG